AUGAAAAGAUGCUGCACAGCUCUGGUGUUGUACGUGCUUUUGUCAUUUGGACUCUGCAUUGAGGAUGAGGCUGAAGAGGAAAACGAGAAUCCCCUCGUGUGUGAGGAUCCCGGAAAGAAGGUGUUUUUCGAGGAGCCGUCGCUGGCCAAAAGAAGCACGUGCGGUCAGCUGACUCGUUCGGCAUGUCAGUUCGUUCACGAUGCAAACAAGAAAUGCCCUUGUACCUGCCAGUACCUACUGAAAGGUGGCUACCCCUUGAUGUACCUUACAGCAGCCACUCCGGUGCCAACGAUCCCAACGCCCGCGUGGAUAGGUCCAAAACCCAAACGGAGAGGAUUCAGAAGGCGUGGAUACAAUAUCAUUCGCCAAUUUAAUGGUCAUCCUGAAUUGUUUCAAGCACCACCGUUUCCAUUGCCACCACGGCCUAUUGUUUAA